UCCGUCUCCCGCCGCCGCCGCCGCCUCUUUGGGGUCCCCCCGGCGCCGUUUUCGGGGGUCCCUCCCCCCCCAGGGCCAUGGCGGCCGCGCGGCCGAAGCCGGAGAAGCCGGAGCUCGAGGCCGCGGCCGCCCGGAGCCGCCUGGACGCGCUGCUGAGGCAGCUGAGCCACGCGCGCGGGGGACAGGUCGGGACACCCCGAAAAUGGGCGGUUUUGGGGCGCAGGGAGGCGCCGGAGGAGGAGACGGCGAAAGCGGCGGCGGAUGGAGGCAGCAAGGAGCUGUCGCCCAGCGCCCCCGGCAAGAGGCCGUGCGGGCGCCUGUCGCAGCAGCGGCGCAAGAAACGGCGCGAGACCGACGACGGAGCCGAGAGCGGAGCCCAGAGACACAGCACCUACGUGAUCAAGCUGUUUGACCGCAGCGUGGAGCUGGGGCAGUUCCCCGAGGGCACCCCCCUGUACCCCGUGUGCCGCCAGUGGGUGAGGAACUGCCCCACACGCUGCCCCACGGCCGGACCCACGGCCGGACCCACGCCGGGACCCCCACCGAGCCACAGGUACAGGGCUGAUGCUUGGGGGGUGCUUGUGGGGCUGGUUGUGGGGCUGGGACUCAUUCUGGGGCUGGUUAUGGGGUGCCCCAGGGAUCCUGUGGCAGGGACGUGCUGCAGCUGCCCCCCCUGA